AUGUCGCUUCUACUGCCAACAUGUUUUUGGGCGGUUCUCAGCGGUUUGGCCGCUCAUUUGAAGUACAAGCGACGAGAGCCGACUCUUUUCCGGUAUCUCGCUGAAUUGGCGACAUUGCUCGUGUUAGCCUCUGUGGGCCUGUUCUAUCAGUCCAGAGUGUUCACCACAAGUGUAGCGCUCAGCGCUCUCUUCAUUACACUGCAUCUCUUUGCGCUGGCUUCAAGCAUUACAGUGUAUCGACUGUUCCUUCACCCACUCAAGGACUAUCCAGGCCCGUUGCUGGCCAAGAUUACCAAGUGGUAUGGCUUUUACCUGGUCAGUUUUGGGAAAACGUACAUCGAUUACGCCCAGCUUCACGAAAAGUACGGCGACGUGGUUCGCAUCGGCCCCAACGAGCUGUCUUUUGCGGACCCGGAAUCCGUGAAAUACAUCCAUGGAUCGGCGGCAAAUAAAUUGGCUAAAGGACCAAAUUAUGAUACUCGCUUAUGGGCAGAUGGCAUCAGUCUUGGAGACGAGAGAGACAUCGUGGCACAUCGAAUACGCCGUAAAUUCUGGGACAAGGGCCUCGCUAUAAAGGCCAUAACAUCCUACGAACCCAGGCUUGUCCGGAUUAUCAACGUGUUGAAGAGCAAAUUCGACGCCUACGCCGGAAAGGAAAUCGACGUCGGGGCGUUCAUCGACUACUUCGGUUUCGAUGCCAUGGCUGACCUUGCCUUCAACGAGACAUUCUCCUUCAUCGAGAACGAGGACUCUGGGGAGCUGGCGGUCCUGGUCCGCAAGGGUCUCAAGAUGACCGAGCUCGUUCGGAACGUGCAGUGGCUGGCCCCGAUAUUCAAGUACCUGCCCAUGGACCCCGAGGACAAGGCGCAGACGGAGCGAUUUGCACGGACUUCGGCAGAGCAUUUCGAGAAGAGACUGGCCAUGGGGACGAAGCCAACAGACCUCUUUACGUACCUACUGGCGCACGAUGAGAACGGAAAGACGCUCGCAAAAAAGGACCUCGAGUCAGAUUCGCCCGUCAUCAUCGUCGCGGGAAGUGAUACAACUGCCGUCUGUCUCAGUUUCGUCUUCUACUUUGUCUCCAAGGACCCCGCCAUCCAGAAAAGACUUAUUGAAGAAGUUGAUAAAGCCUGGGCAGAGCAUGGAGCCGGCCUCGGAGGCCGCAGCCUAGGGCCCGACAAGAUGCCAUACUUGAACGGAGUCAUCAAUGAGUCUCUACGCAUGGCCCCGCCCGCCCCCAAUGGCAAUCAGCGCACGACGCCUGAAGGCGGUUGUGUGGUUUCCGGCCGCUACCUGCCCGCGAACACGCAGGUGUCGUGCCAACCGACCUUCAUGGCGCACGACGCGCGGAGCUUCACCAAGCCGGAGCUGUUUGCGCCCGAGCGCUGGAUCGAUGAGGAACGCAACCCGGCGUGGACCCACGAUACCAGGUCCUUCAUCCCGUUCAGCGCCGGACAGUACAUUUGCCCCGGCAAGGCGCUGGCGUACCUCGAGAUGCGGCUACUGCUGGCGCACGUCUUCAAGGACUUUUGGUUCGAGAUGGCCCCCGGCUUUGAUCACGCCGGCUUCUGGCUCGGCCUGCAGAGCUACAUGGGGUACAUGAAGAAACCGAUCCCUCUAACGGUCCGUAGGAGACAGCGUGAGGAGAUACUGCCGAAUUGA